UGUUAUCAGAUGUGCAAAAUGACAGUCGAUUUAAUUAAUUAAAACUUAAAAGCCAUAAUCACGAGACAACGUUACCUACUUCUUUGGCUCAUCUACCAUCCCAAUGUAAAAAUAAUAUAUAAAAAAAAGAACACUAUUAAAAAAUUAAAAUAAAUCAUAUAAUUAGUCAAAGAAAAUUCAAAAAUUCUCGAAAAAAACAUCAAAUCUCACCUCCUUCAUCCUCUACUCCAAAACCCACUUGCAUCAUACAUUCUUACAGUAAGUCUGCUGCAACUCCUUGUUGCAGAAAACACUGUUCUUGAUUUGUAUAUCCAACCCAAGAUCCCAUUCUCUAUACAUGCAAAGAUUCCAACUUUAUUAAAAAGAAUCAAUCUUUGUUCAACCCAUUUAAUUUUUCUUCCUUGCAUGCGCAGAAAGAUUGAUUUUUUUUUUUUUUGAAAGAAAGAAACAGAAGAUGAAGAAACCCGCCAUUGUUGCUCUGCUUAAAUUUCUUCACUUGUUAACUUUCUUAAUCUCUCUCACUUCUGCAAUAAACUCAGAUGGGCUAUCACUCUUAGCUCUGAAAUCAGCCAUCGCACAAGACCCAUCAAAAGCUCUGGUUUCUUGGUCGGAAUCAGAUUCAACCCCAUGCAAGUGGGCCGGGAUCCUCUGCAGCCGAGACCACCGUAAAGUCACCUCCAUUUCACUCUCCGGCAAGAAUCUCACCGGCUACAUCCCAUCGGAAAUCGGCGCCCUCACAUCCCUCACCUCUCUCGAUCUCUCACACAACACUUUCGGUGGACCUCUGCCGCACCAUAUCACCACCCUACAAAACCUCGUCCAUCUCGACGUGUCUUCCAACAACCUCAACGGCUCGCUCCCCGAAAGCCUCAGCAACUUAACCCAUUUGGAAGGGACUCUGAAUCUUUCCUACAACGCAUUCUCCGGCGAGAUUCCGGCGAGUUUCGGACUGUUUCCGGUGAUGGUUAGCCUUGAUCUCCGGGGUAAUAACCUCACCGGAAAAAUACCUCAGGUGGGUUCACUGGUGAACCAGGGUCCAACUGCCUUCACAGGGAACCCUUAUCUUUGUGGGUUCCCAUUAAGCAAUCCGUGUGCAGAGCCCGAAGCUCAGAAUCCAAGAUUCUUGAACCCACAAAAGCCCGAAAACGAUGGGCAAAUUCCGUCGAAUGGGCUCGUCGAAAACAGAAGGAUAAAAAGUGGGGUGGUGACGGUUUCGGUUAUUUCCGGGGUUUCUUUAGUGGUGGGGGUGAUUUUUGUUGCAGUGUGGGUGAUUAGGAGGAAAUGGAAGAUGGAGAAGGGCAAAACGGGAAUAGAAAAUGUAGGCGCGGUAAUGGUGGGGAGGGAGGAGGGGCAGAAGGGUAAAUUUGUUGCUCUCGACGAGGGGUUCGGUAUGGAAUUAGAGGAUUUGUUGAGGGCAUCAGCUUAUGUUUUGGGGAAAAGUAGGAGUGGCAUAGUGUACAAGGUGGUGGUUAGUGGAGGCGGAAAGGUGGGAGGAUCCGGCGUGGGCGGACCCGCUGUGGUUGCGGUGAGGCGGCUGAGUGAGGGUGAUUCCAAGUGGCGGUUUAGGGAGUUCGAGGCUGAGGUGGAGGCCAUUGAUAGGGUGAGGCAUCCCAAUAUUGUGAGGCUUAAGGCGUAUUACUACGCCAUUGACGAAAAAUUGCUUGUUUCGGAUUUCAUUGGAAAUGGUAGCUUGCACAAUGCACUUCAUGGGCCCGCAAAAAACUCGCCACCCUUAUCAUGGGAAUCAAGAUUGAGAAUAGUUCAAGAAACAGCAAGAGGCCUAACGCACAUCCACGAAUGCAGCCACAGAAAACACGUCCACGGUAACAUAAAAUCAUCGAAAAUCCUCUUAGACGAUGCCCUAAAACCCUACAUUUCGGGAUUCGGUCUGUCUAAACUUGUGCCAACAACAACCUCGAAAUCUGCUAACAUGUACGUGGGGCCUGAAGCUCGAGACGGAGCAGCGGGCAAAAGGGUCACUCAGAAAUGCGAUGUGUACGCCUUCGGUGUGGUGCUGCUAGAAGUGCUGACGGGGCGGGAGGCCGACUGUGGGUCCGGUGAGGAAGGAGGGGGAGUUGUGGGACUUGUUAGGAAGGUGUUUGGCGAAGAAAGGCCGUUGUCUGAAAUUAUAGAUCCGGCGCUUUUACAUGAGGUUCAGGCGAAGAAGCAAGUUGUAGCUGCGUUUCAUGUCGGGCUGAGUUGUACGGAGGCGGAUCCUGAGUUGAGACCGAGGAUGAGAACCGUUUGUGACAUUCUUGAUAGCAUCAAAUUGCAGUGAGAGUGUAUGGUGUUGAUUUAUCUAAAUUUCUUGUAAAAAGUGUGUGUGUGUGUGUGUGUGUGUGUGUGUGUGUGUGUGUGUGUGUGUGUGUGUGUGUGUUUGCAUUAAAUAAUUAACAAAUAACCUUGGGUUAAGUUCAAGUUUUACUGAAAACUCCAUUGUUAU